ACUACGGUACCAAACUUAACCGUGUUGUAACUGCGGGCAACUGCGUUGAACGGCUGAGCGGCGUUUCCAUGAGACAGCAAACUGAGUUAAAGCGCUUCCAAUGCGGUGGUUCGGGUUUGGCUUCAACGCAUUUGGACAGAUAUGUGUCCAUGAGAAAUUAAUUAAAGGACAGUGUAGCGACGCUGUCAAAGUGAUUAGCCCGACAGAGCUAACGUUAGCUAGCCAUGCGGACAGACGCGGCUGCCGCUUGAAGACUGAUGGUCAAAUUAGAGCAAGUUGGAGUCGAAGAGCAUCUUUGCAUUUAGAUGGUAAAAUAAACUGCACCAGAGAUAAAGCAAGCAGCGUUAACAGCUCUGGUGACAGCUGUGUGUGCCUAGCUGGUUUUGGGGCACUCAUCUCCAAUGAGUCCUGUGGUAUUUCUGUGAAAGAGAGCCGUGGCUGUAAAGAUGCCUACAUCAGUGAGUUGUACCUGACCCUCGCUUUCCCGGACAGAAUUGAGUCCUGGGAUCUGCAGACGAAAGAGAAGAGUGCAUCAUGGAGCAUGGAAGUAAAAACAGAGAGCUCUGGACCCCCUAUGAAUCUCCCAUUGGUCCCUGGGGGUUACAUAGCCACGAAACCUCCCUUCUACCGCUCCUUAUCGCCACACCUGAAAGCCAAGAGUCUGGCACUGAGUGCAGAGCAUGCCAUCCUUCUCAGUGCCUCUGGAGCUGUGUACACCUGGGGACUGGGCAGCCAUGGUCAGUUGGGGCACGGAGACCUUACCUCUGAGGAGGAGCCCAGGGCAGUGGAGGCACUCUGGGGAAUGCCCAUGAGCCAUGUAGCUACAGGAGGUUGGCAUUCUGUCUGCAUUAGUGAUGGGGGUGACCUUUAUGUGUGGGGCUGGAAUGAAAGUGGCCAGCUCGGACUUCCCUCACGAGGUCUGAGGAAAGCACUGCAGCAGCAAAGUAGCCAACAAGCAGGAGCACCAUGCAAAGAUGCCAGCACAUCUCCCCAUGAAGAGCCACAAGAGGGAGAGAAACAUGAAGAUGUAUUCAUAUCAAUCCAAGCAUUCCCGGCUCUGCUGGAUAUCACUCCAUCAUGUGAGAUCAGCACAGUCAGCUGUGGCUGCCGCCACACAGCUGCAGUAACGACCACAGGUGACCUCUACACUUGGGGCUGGGGUGACUACGGCCAACUUGGACACCAGACUUUAAUGAGUUCAGAUGAGCCCCAGCUUGUGGAGUUCUUCAGGGAGCAGCAGAUGCGUGUGGUUGAUGUUGUGUGCGGGGCAUGGAACACUUUUGCUGCUGUCGUCAAGGAGGAAGUAGCUCGGUCUUAAAAAUAUAAAUUGCUGGACUUCGUACAAGGUCGUGGGGGGCUGGAGCCAAUCCCAGCUGACAUUGGGCGAAAGGCGGGGUACACCCUGGACAGGUCGCCAGUCAAUCACAGGUCACAUACAAUACAUAUAUACACAAAUGUUACUUUCUUUUUUCAUUUGUCUGUAUAAAAAUGUAAAUGAGUAGUUUUUGGAAAUAUUUUUUUAAUUUUUAAAAAAAUCACAGGCUUUAUAUUACACAAACAAUACAUAAAACAGUUAAUGUAGUAAAAUCCACAGGUAAAUAUAAUUUAAGGCAAAUCCCUAAAAUUGUUCUAAUUGAAAAUUAAACACCAUAUGAGAGUUAAAGGGGGAUGCAUUUCCACAGCCCACCACAGGUCUUCACAGCACAAUCUUGAAAGAACUG